CAAACAUUUUAUUUCGAGCAUGCUGGGAUAAUGUUAUCUCGGCGUAGACCUCUAAUACUCGCACGCUGCACCUUGUAACGACAAUCAUCAUAUUUUUAAGUGGCAGUUUUCACUAUGUCCCAGCAGUAUUCUCCUUAUCCACCGCAAGGAGGUGUCCCGCCAUCUGGUCCUGGUGCUGGUUAUGGACCACCCCCUGGUUAUGGUAAUUAUGGUCCUCCCCCAGUACAAAACUAUGAUAAACCAAAUCUUCAACAGCCGCCAUUCAACCAGCAGUAUCCACAAGCAGGUAAUUACCAAGCUCCACCACAGCAAAGUUAUGGAGGCGGAGGAGGUGGUUACAACUCGUCUGCGGGCAAUUAUUCCUCUAGUGGAGGGAACUACAAUUCUUAUCCACAAGAUGAUGCUGUAAGUGGUGAUGGAUAUAAUUCUUAUGGAAGUAGUGGCGUUGGAGGGGGAGGAGGCAGGGGUGGUGGCGGAGGUGGUAGGGGUGGUAGCAGAGGAUAUAGUGGUGGUUAUAAAGAUCAUUCUGAUGGUGAUAGUAGUGGAAGUGGUGGUGGUUACAACUCAAGAGGUGGAAGUAACAGUUAUGGUGGUCGAGGAGGUUCAAAAGGAGGUUCUAAUUUUGGUGGCAGCAACCAAGUUAAAGAUGGAAUGAUUAUUCAAGAUGAUACAGUUUUUGUAGCUGGGUUGCCUCCGUCGGCGACUGUUGAAGAAAUAGCCAAUUUUUUUGGACAAAUUGGGAUUAUUAAGAUGGACAAACGAACCCGGGAACCAAAAAUUUGGGUAUACAAACAUCGCGAUGGAACUGGAAAGGGUGAAUGCACAGUCACAUAUGAAGAUGCUGAAGCAAGUCAAGCUGCUGUUGAUUGGUUUAAUGGCAAGCAAUUUGGUUCUAAUUCUAUUAAGGUCUCCAUAGCUCAACGUAAAGCUCCUGAGGAAGGAUUUGCUUCUAGGGGUCGUGGUCGUGGUGGAGGUGGUGGACGCGGUGGAGGUGGAUCAAGAGGGCGUGGGGAUGGAGGAUUCAGUCGAGGCGGUGAUCGUGGUGGUAGAGGUGGCGGCGGCGGAAGGGGUGAAAGUCGAGAAGGUGAUUGGAAUUGUCCAAAAUGUGACAAUUCGAAUUUCGCUCGUAGAAACGAAUGCAAUAGAUGCGGUGAAAGCAAACCUGGAGGUGGUGGUGGAGAUGGUGGCGGUGGAGGUUAUGGUGGUGGUCGUGGCGGAGGACAUGACAGGAGUGAUAGAUCUGAUCGUAGACCACGUCCUUAUUAAACGAUAAAUAGAUUUGCCAAUUAUUGGGUAGCUGUUAUGCGUUCUGGUAUUUGUAGAUAUGAAUUUGUCUAAUUUUAUGGACAUACGUUGGCCUGUUCUUGCGUGUUAAAAAGCGCCAUACUGACAUUGGAUAUUGGCUUGUAAAAUUGUCUUCGCGAUUCGAUUUGGUACGAAUUCUGAUAUCAUUGAUGUCGCACUCAUUAUCCUUUACCGUGUAAUUUUGUAGUAAUAUGACUUCGAAAAAAAAAAUUACGCUGCAGAUAAAAUUUUAUUGAUUCUAGCCUACUUAUUUGAUUGUAUAAAUUUUAUUGGCAAGAAAUAUAUUUCGCGCCUUAGAUUA